GUUUUAAUGAAACUAGUAGUCUCAUAAAGUAAAUACACUGGUAUGGUAGUAUAACUAAUACCGUCAUAAAGGUUGAGAGUCAACUAUAAUAAUUAUGUAAUAACAUGUGAACAAGGACAAAGAAUGAAAUACUUGGCCCUCUACCAACCUGAAAUGUAUGUAUCUAAUUAAAGCUCAAUUAAUCAAGCUUUUCCCAUGCCUAUAACUAGUAGUACAAUAUAAUCUGCCAAAGCCUAAAAAUUUUGAAAACUUUUCAGGGCAAAAGCUCUUGAGACUUAACAUGCUUAUUAGCUCCACAAAUCUAUAACCUUAAACUUCUGUUCUCUCCUUCUCCACAAAUCAAUGGCUGUUGGCUUAGCAAUCAGUAAAGACAAAGGUGAUUUGGCGUACAACGGCAAAAUUACAUGGUUUGUGUUUCUAUCGUCUGUAGUAGCUGCCACCGGUGGACUCAUCUUCGGCUAUGACACUGGAGUUACCGGUGGAGUGACCUCAAUGGAGCCAUUCCUAGAGAAAUUCUUCCCCAGCAUAUACAGAAGGAUGAGAGAAGAUACGGAUAUAAGCAACUACUGCAAAUUCGACAGCCAGCUGUUGACAGCUUUCACUUCCUCACUAUACAUAGCCGGCCUUAUAGCAUCCUUCUUUGCCUCGCCAGUGACGAGAGCCUGGGGCCGUCGGCCUUCUAUCUUAAUUGGUGGGGCCUCGUUUCUAAUGGGCGCUGCUUUAGGAGGUGCGGCUGUAAACGUGUACAUGCUGAUAUUGGGCCGUAUACUACUUGGAGUAGGGGUUGGGUUUACUAACCAGUCGGUCCCUCUAUACCUCUCGGAAAUGGCGCCCCCGAAAUACAGGGGAGCCUUCAACAUCGGCUUCCAGCUGUGCGUCGGCACCGGCGUCCUCCUCGCCAACCUCAUCAACUACGCCACCCAAAAAAUACCAGGCGGCUGGGGCUGGCGGAUUUCCCUAGCCAUGGCCGCCGCCCCAGCCUCCAUCCUCACAAUCGGCGGCAUUUUCCUUCCCGAGACCCCCAGCAGCCUCAUCCAACACCACGACAACACCAACACCAACAAUCUCGCCAAAUCCAAGAAGCUUCUCCAGAGAAUCCGAGGCGUCGAUGACGUGGACGCCGAGCUGGCCGACCUCGUCUCCGCCAGCCUUGCCUCCCGCGCCACGCGCUCACCCUUUCGGAAGCUUCUGGAGCGCCGCUACCGUCCCCAGCUGGUGAUGUCUGUCGCCAUCCCCGCCUUCCAGCAGCUGACUGGGAUCAACGUCAUCGCCUUCUACGCUCCCGAGAUCUUCCGAACGAUGGGGUCGGGAGUCAGCGCGUCCCUCCUGUCGACCGUCGUCAUCGGUGUAGUCGGGACAGCUAUGACGGCCGUGUCCAUGCUGGCGGCUGACAAGGCGGGCCGCCGGGCCCUGUUUCUCAUCGGCGGGCUUCAGAUGUUGGGCCCGCAAGUGGCGAUCGGGUCUGUGCUGGCGGCCCGGCUGGGGGACACGGGGGGUUUGGGCGGGAAGGGUUAUGGGGUCUCGGUUUUGAUACUGAUAUGCGUCUACGUGGCGGGGUUCGGGUUGUCGUGGGGCCCGCUGGGGUGGCUGGUGACGAGCGAGAUAUUCCCGUUGGAGGUGAGGUCGGCGGCGCAGAGCGUGAACGUGGGGGUGGGGUUUUUGUUGAUAUUUGCGGUGGCGCAGGCGUUUCUGGCGAUGAUGUGUCGUAUGAAGGCUGGGAUUUUCUUCUUGUUCGCGGGGUGGGUGGGGGUGAUGACGGGGUUCGUGUACUUUUUGCUGCCCGAGACGAAGGAUGUGCCGAUAGAGAAGAUGGAGGGGAUUUGGAAGGAGCAUUGGUUUUGGAGGAGAUAUGUUUGUGAUGAUGAUGAUACUGAUGAUGGUGGUCAAGGUGUGGAGUGAGUAAAUUAAUGAAUGAAUGAAUGAAUGAUUAUAUAAUCUCAUUUCUUGAGUUAGUUUCUUUUUGUGAGACAUUUGGGAAAAUGUUGAAGUUUUUCAAUUAAGUUAGUGGGAAAAUGCUUGUCAAGAGAACCAGAUAAUUAGACAAAUCACAAGAAAGAAAUGUCAUACAGAUCACCACAAUUGAUGAACAACCAUACACAUCCAUCAAAUAACUAGAAAUAUCACAACUUGAGUGGAUUUGUUUUCCCAGCUUGAACCUCAACGCCUUCUUCGUUUUAGUUCAUCAAUGACUUGAGAAUAAGACUCAAUAUAUUUUUGUACACCGUCAAUGUAACCUCGCGAGCCAAUCUUUUCUCCUGCAACUCGUGAGCGAAAAAUCCUCUCGUAUAUUGCAUUUUUGGGCUGAAUUUCCUCUUCAAUCUUUCAUAAUUAAGCUGGUUAAGUGGAUGUAUAUGGAUAGCGAUGAUGACUUUAGAGCACCUCUAAGUGUGAAAAUGAUUGAAUUGUCAUGUCCAUAAGUAACACUAAUGAUCCAUUUUAAAUGUCUAUAAGACG